GAUGUCUUAUCAUUACCUUUAGCACCUAAGCUAGUAAAGCAUCUGUGGCAGAAAUUAAUUUGAGUAAAAACUGAAUUUGUUAAAUGAAAACUAAUGGGCAUAUAAGCAGCCUAAUCUUAUAUAACACAAGCAAACCAACAUUCCAUCCAACUACAAAGAGACCAUUACUUUGCCCUCCCCUCACCGAGUCCCUUUCUAAACUAACUCUUAGUUGAACAGAGUUUUUGAUCCUGAAAAGUAUUAGUGGGAUUUUCUGGAUUUUGAGUGCACAAAGUACCAGAUUUGUGGUGCUCUUUGUUCAAGUAACUAAGGAGUUUGUGUUCCAGAUUUUAAAACCAUUCACUGGUUGAUCCAUUUAACCUUUCAAUGAUCAUAGUAACGGCAAGCCAUUUUUGUGUGAGAAACGAGUCCUAGCCUCCAAAUUUGCCAUUGAAUAGAUCCCAACCGAAUUUACCCGAUUCUAUAAGAAUAAGAAGGGAUUCCUAACAGCAGUAAUGGAAGAUGCUCUGGAAAAUACCCCCAGGAACAAUAUCAAUUCAUCUACAAAUUCCACUGAAUUGGAGCCCAAAUCUGUGUUUAUGCAAUGGGAGCAUAACAUUGUUGCAGCAUACUUAAUAACAGCAGGAAUAUUAAGUCUGCUCAGCAACAUAAUAGUAUUAAUAAUGUUUGCUAAGUUCAAGGAGUUCCGCACAGCAACCAAUGCAAUCAUUGUGAACCUGGCUUUCACUGACAUUGGGGUGAGUGCCAUUGGCUACCCCAUGUCGGCUGCUUCAGACCUGCAUGGUAGUUGGAAAUUUGGUUAUUCGGGAUGUCAGGCAUACGCGGCGCUAAAUAUAUUUUUUGGGAUGGCAAGCAUUGGAUUGCUUACAGUGGUUGCUAUUGACCGGUACCUGACCAUUAGUAAGCCCGACCUAGGGAGGAAGAUGACUGGUGCGACCUACACAGCUCUGAUCACAGUUGCCUGGGCAAAUGGCCUGUUCUGGGCCCUCAUGCCAGUAAUGGGUUGGGCAAGCUAUGGACCUGAUCCAACAGGAGCCACUUGCACCAUUAAUUGGAGAAACAAUGACUCGCUAUUUGUUUCCUAUACCAUGACGGUGAUUGCAGUUAAUUUUGUGGUGCCACUAUCAAUCAUGUACUUCUGUUACUACAAUGUGUCAAAAACAAUGAAAAGAUUCGCACAACACAGUGGUAUGGAAAAUAUAACCUUGGAUUGGUCUGAUCAACUGGAUGUAACAAAGAUGUCUGUCGUGAUGAUUGUGAUGUUUCUCGUGGCUUGGUCACCUUACUCUAUUAUCUGCUUAUGGUCGUCUUUUGGGGACCCAAAACUCAUCACACCUGCCAUGGCAAUUAUUGCUCCACUUUUUGCCAAGUCAUCCACUUUCUACAAUCCCUGUAUUUAUGUUAUUGCAAAUAAGAAGUUUCGAAGAGCCAUCAUCACAAUGAUACGCUGUCGGACUCAACAGGAUCUAACCAUCAGCCUCACUCUACCAAUGACCACCUCCCGGACUCCUUUAGCAGAAUAAAACACAUUACACUUAAAUCUGCUUCAAAUAUCUGCACCAUAGUACUCUGUGAUAAAUGGUUUUGCCUUCACCUUCUCAUCUGUUAAGGGCCUGUCCCACUUGGACGACCUAAUCCACGAGUUUAGAAGACCCUAGACGAGUUGAAAAAUAUGUCAAGGUCAUGUUGACUCGCCGAAGUAAAAGACCUCCUACGACUACGUCUACGGCCACGUACGACUAUGUCCACAACCUCCUACGACUAUGUCUACGACCUCCUUCGACCCCCCUCGACCUCAG